CUACACGGAUAGCUUUGGCGACUGCCCCAGGUACACAGUUAGCAAUUGCCUUAGUCGUCAUCUACACCCACUCUUCACAUUUGUCGACGUUUAUAACUUGAGAUACUAAUACCUACAUACCUAGAUAAUUAGGUAAUUUCUCUCAUCACUGCCGUCAGUUAUUACGUAAUCGUAUGUUGUGUGUUCGACAGUAGCAGUCAUGCCGCGCAAGAAGAAGCAGCGCCAAACUCGACUCACGUUUGAGCCUGUUGGUUCUUCCGACUCUCCUGGUAAAGCAUCGCCCGCCAACGUACGCUUCACUAAGGGUGUAGCUGCGAGCGGCGGCAGCUCAAGUCGCGCAUCAUCACAGCAAGCAAUUUCCACUCCAGGCCGUCCAGGCCCUUCCCAGAAGGCAGCGUCGCCGGUGAAGCUAUCGCAUGCUAGUUUCAUGCCGAAACCUCAAGGCUCCAAGCGCCCUAUUGCUGGCAAUAGCUCUGCCAAUGAUUCUGCCAAUGAUUCUGCCGGCGAAGUUGAAGAAGAGGGUGCGUUCCCGAAGUCAUCGCAGUCAAUCUCAACCAUGCUUCGCCAAACAGGCUUUGGGGCCGGGGAUGUUGUUGGUGUUGAUGAUGGUGAUGACGACGAUGACGAUGAACCUAUCAUACCAGCCAGCACGAGAAAACGUUCGCGUCCGAAGUUUAUUGAACUUGAAGACUCAAGUGACGGUGCCGCCUCACCCGCUAAAAAGAGUAAGACUUCACAAAUCACCUCUAGCCGGUCCAAGAAACCAACACCGAGUGUUUCUCCUCCUGUUCAGCGCCAUCCACCUAAAAGCCACCGUACGGAGAAACAGAAGAAAAUUGAACUUCUUCGCCGUCGACGAGCCGGGGAGAAGAUCGACAGAGUCACAUCGUCAGAAGAUUCCGAGGAAGAGAAACGAGGUAUUUAUGAUAGCGAUUCAGAGGCAGAGUUUGGCGUUCUAAAAGAGUUUGACGACGAAGAAGAGCCAGAUAAGGAAGAAGUUGAAGUGCCUGCUCGUCAAAUCUCUAAAAAGACCGAGAAAUCUGCAAAAGAUGGCCAAAAAGGAAGCGAGGACGAAGGAGACGACGAUGAUCUCGACGAUUUUGUCGUUGAUGAUGAUGAUGCUCCUCUGGGAGCCCCGGCCAACCUUGGUAUCCCCCUCGAAUUCACCGCUCAAGCACAUAAGCCUCUUAAAGAUCAAUUCCCUUAUGCCAUCGAGUGGCUGGUUCACAAUCGAAUCAACCCAGCCUUCGAUCGGAAUGAUCCGGUCUAUACAAAUGCUUGGCGUAAACUCAACGAUGAAGUCCAGGGCCUCGCAUCAUCCAAGUUCGCAUCCUCGGCUUGGAAGCCCGAAUUCCAUAAAGCGCUAAAGGGCAGACCAAACAUGGUAGCUGAGUCGAUGAACUACGACGAAAGAAGAUUACACGAGGUCUGCGAAGCCUGUGGUAGAAGCAAGCACCAGUCUACCCGAGCGAUCACCUUCUCGGGCCAUCCGUACUAUAAGGACACGCUCGGCGAAGUCGAGUCGGAAUCGACUUCGGACUCGGAAGAUUGCGAGGGCGACGCGAGUGAUAACGAGUCUAUUGAUUCCCAGGGCAUGACCUUACCUGCUGCGACAAGGAAAUGGCAUGUCGGUAUCGUAUGCUGCACAAACGCCGAGACGGCACAUAGCUUGAUCCACUGGAAACACGCACUGAAGGAAUGGGUGGAAGAACGACUGCAAAUAGAGGGAUGGAUGAAGGCGAACAAACUUGCGGAGCGAGAACGCAUGGGGGACGGGAAACGACGCAAGCUUGCCAAUAGCAUCGUCGACGGCUGGCGCGAAAAGAAGAUCAUCGCGUCACUUUACCGUGACUUCAAGGCUACUUUGGAAGAUGCUCGUAAUAAGUCGACGACGGGUUGGCAUUUGUUCUAUGAUUAGGGGGUUGGGGGGUUCGGGUUUGACUUACCUAUAUUCCUGCGGUGUAGCUUUCUAGUUGGUGCUUAAAUCGGGGCCUACCUUUAUGAGUCGUACCUAAGGGAAUCGGGAAUCGGAAAUCACUCAGACCUGCCAACGACUUAAGUAGGGAUAGCAUAUUGCUAAGAAUCACGACGUGACGAGGUUGCGCGAAGUGUUUAGUUUAUUAACGACA